AUGGUACUUACAAAGGAAUCCUCAAACAAAAUCUUCGGAGGAUAUCAAAAAAUAUUUUCUCACGAUUCAGAAGAAGUGUGUUGCAAAAUGAGGUUUGGUGUUUAUUUGCCACCACAAGUGGAUGAAAAUAAGAAGUUGCCCGUUAUUUAUUGGCUUUCUGGUUUAACUUGUAGCAAAGCUAAUUUUAUUGAAAAAUCAGGAGCUCAAAGAUAUGCAGCAGAAUAUGGUAUCAUAAUUGUUAAUUCAGAUACUUCUCCAAGAGGCCUAAAUAUUCCUGGUGGUUCUGAAAAUUGGGAUAUUGGAGUUGGAACAGGGUUUUAUGUAAAUUCCACCAAAGAACCAUGGAAAAAAAUUACAGAAUGUUUAGUUAUAUUAUCUCAGAAUUACCAAAACUUAUCAAUAAUAAUUUCCCUGCAGCAGAGGGAUUGCCCUGAUAUCUGCAUUAAAAAAUCAAGAAAUGUACAAAUCUGUAUCUGCUUUCGCUCCCAUUUGCAAUCCUUCAGUUUGCCCUUGGGGAAUAAAAACUUUUACAGGGUACUUGGGAUCUGA